CUCGCUUCCGCUUCCGGGCAGGAUCUGAGGCAGCGCUGUGUAAAAUGGACCUGGAGGGCUGUUGAUUAUGUUAGCUUUCACACGUGUUAGAUCGCUGGCGUAUUUUGCGACGGAGCUCAUUUGCAUCGGGUUUUGAACCGGAGCGCGCUUGGAGUUCAGUUUAGACGACUGCAGAACUGCGCUCAUGUUCCGGGAGAGAGUGCGCUAAAGUGUGUGUGUGUGUGUUGGGAGAUAUAAUAAGUCCGCGCGUUAUUUGUGGUGUUAGCAAGCGGACAGCUAGCCGGCUAAAAAGCACCCGGGAGGUAACGAGCAGCACGGCUUGUACAGCCAGCUUUCAAAGUUUUUUUUUUUACUUUGCGAAAGCAGGCAGCACAGAUCCGAGUGAAAUGUGUGGAAGGUCCGCUGUGCACAGAUACACGGCCCGUUACUGAGACUUAUUCAAUCCUUUCACUCUGUGUGUCUCUCAUCUCUCUGUAACGGGGUUUACCCUCGCUUUUUAAUAAACACUUUAACGCGACGAUAAAGACAACAUGGGGGCGUAUCUGUCCAAACCCAAUACGGAGAAAACCACUGCCAACGGAGGGAAUCAGAAACUGAGCUAUGGACUGGCGGCUAUGCAGGGAUGGCGAGUUUCAAUGGAGGACGCACACAAUUGUAUCCCAGAGCUGGACGACGAGACGGCAAUGUUCGCCGUUUAUGAUGGACAUGGAGGUGAAGAAGUUGCUUUGUUCUGCUCCAAGUAUUUACCAGACAUCAUCAAAGAGCAGAAAGCAUAUAAAAAUGGCAAACUGCAAAAGGCCCUGGAAGAUGCUUUCCUGGCUAUAGACAGCCAAAUAACCACAGAGGAGGUCAUCAAGGAACUUGUUCAGAUAGCUGGGCGUCCACAAGAAGAGGCAGCACCAGAAAAAGUAGCAGAUGAAGAUGAUGUGGAUAAUGAGGAAACAGCUCUUCUUCAUGAAGAGGCCACAAUGACAAUUGAGGAGCUGCUUGUCCGUUACGGGCAAAACCUGAGUAAAUCGGCCAAAAAGCUUGGACAGGAUACCCCUAAAGAGCUGGAAGAGAAAGAUAACACCCACACAGAUAACACAAUCAACGGCGAGACUGAAUGCGGGGCAUCUGAAACAGAGAGCAAUGGGAAAGCCAAGCUGGAGGAGUCAGCUGCAGGUUCCAAAAUGAGGGCAUGCAGGAGAGCAGCAGCCUCCUGUGGCGGGAGCUCUGCAGCCAGAGACCCCUCAGAGGGUGAGAAAGCAGUAGCCACAGCAGACGCAGGUCCUUCCUGUUCCUCUUCUGCAGCACCCACACCAGGAAGUGCCAAAUCCAAGUUUUUUGAGGACAGUGAUGAGUCCGAUGAAGCAGAGGAGGAAGAGGAGGGCAGUGAUGAAGAGGACGGCAGUGAGCAGGAUGGUGAAGGCAGCAGUGAAAAUGAAGAGGACACAGAAGAGGAAGAGGAGGAAGAGGACACAGAUGAUGAUGAAGAAGAAGAACAAAUGUGUUUGCCAGGGAUGGAUGGUAAAGAAGAGCCUGGCUCAGACAGCGGGACUACAGCAGUUGUGGCUCUGAUCCGUGGUAAGCAGCUAAUAGUCGCUAAUGCUGGAGACUCUCGCUGUGUUGUCUCAGAGAGGGGCAAAGCAGUGGACAUGUCCUAUGAUCACAAACCUGAAGACGAACUCGAACUGGCCAGAAUAAAGAACGCAGGCGGCAAAGUGACCAUGGACGGCCGAGUCAACGGAGGGUUGAACCUCUCAAGAGCAAUUGGGGACCAUUUUUACAAGAGGAAUAAGAGCCUCCCACCUGAGGAACAGAUGAUUUCUGCUUUACCUGAUGUCAAAGUACUAACUCUGAAUGAAGAUCAUGAAUUCAUGGUGGUUGCUUGUGAUGGAAUCUGGAAUGUAAUGAGUAGCCAGGAGGUUGUCGACUUUGUGAGUGAAAGAUUGAAAGCAGAAGGAAAUAAAGCCAAGCCUCUGUCUGCUGCUAUUGAAGAGCUGCUUGACCACUGCUUGGCACCGGACACAUCUGGAGAUGGCACAGGCUGUGACAACAUGACUUGUAUGAUCGUCACAUUCAGCCACCACACCGGUACCAACGUAGAUGAAAACACCAAGAAACGUAAGAAAGACGAGGACCAGGUAUCUGAGGAGAAUGGCAACGACAGUAAAAAAUCCAAAACAGAAUAGAGCUGCCAUCAGCUCUUCUAAUGAUGUCAGAUCAGACACUGUUUUUUUUUUUUUUUUUUGGGUUUUUUUUUUCCUCGUAACACAAACCUACUGGACUUUUUUUUUUUUUUUUUUUUUUUAAACGGAUAACUCCCCAAGAAAAUGUUUUAGUUUGGAAUAAUUUGAAGGUGCACGAAAAUUGGAACUGGAAAUCAGCCAUUUGUCCUCAUUUGUUUUUCCUUUCAUAAAGAAUUGGUUUAGAUGCCCUCAUUUACAUAUUUACAUAAAUGAAUGGAGCUGUUACUCAAAAGACAGCAGUCAUGUCACAAAAUUUUGUUAACUUUUAUGUGCUCGUAACCUUGUACAUAAUUUUUCCAGGAACUUGUAAUUUUUUUUUCAUUUUAUUUUUUUUUUUCAUUUUGAGUAUCUGUGACACUCUGAACAAACAUGUAAUUGUAUUCACAUUUUUUGUAAAUUGUGAUUGAUGCAAUUGUUUUAAAUUUGGUAGUAAAAUUAAGCAGAUUUGCUUUUCUGACCAGAAGGCAUUAAAUCUAAGAAAUGCAAUCUAAA